AUGGAUCCGCAGCAGCCGACAUCCAAAGCAUUCCAAAACCGUAUAAACGCGGACAUCGCCCAACUUCUCCAGCGAUUCGAAAAUAUCAUGGCUGCUGCCACGGUGAAUAAUCCCAGCCAUACAGCCUCGGCCAUAGAAACAUAUCAGCUUGACGUGGAAUCAACUUCUCUUGUCCGCGCUGUGGAGGACAUCUUGGCCUUGACCAGAACCAUGAAAGAACUAUGGCUUUUCGGAAAAUUGGAUAUGUUGGGCGAAGAUGAGAGGGAUGUAAGGAGGAGGGAGCAGCUAGACAAGGAUGUGGAAAUGGUGAAGAAAGCCAUUGAUGAACGGCUGCUGAAGUUUCUUUCACAGUGA